AUGCGCCUUUCCCAAGCACUCUGCCUUCUUUCUGCCUUAACCUGCGCGUUUGCAGGCAGAAAGCCUCCCUUCAGAGAAGUCUGUGUCGUCCAGGCUUCAGGAUCCAACACCACAGAUGAUGCUCCUGCCAUCGUUCAAGCAUUCAAACGAUGUGGCCGCGGAGGCAGGAUAGAAUUCAAGCCGACUACAUACUACGUUAACUCUGUUAUGAAUAUUUCAUGGCUGGAGGAUGUUGAGGUUGAUAUUCGAGGAGAGCUCCUGUGGAGUACUGACAUUCAGUACUGGCUGAACAAUUCCUUGGACGUCGGCUAUCAGAACCAGUCUACUGCAUUUAUUCUCGGAGGUAAUAAUGUCAGGAUUGACGGCCACGGCGUGGGGACGUUCAAUGGGAAUGGCGACACAUGGUAUCAAUGGAUAAAAAAGCAACCUAAUACGUCCAACUAUCCCGGGCGGCCCCAUGCGAUCACCUUUAACGGCCUCACGAAUUCGGUGGUUCGAGGUCUCAACUUCCUUCGGAGUCAGAUGUGGACAAUGUCUAUCAUAUAUUCUCACCAAGUUGAUCUAGACAGUAUCUUUGUGAACAACACUGGAAACGUAAUCUCGAGUUCAAACACCGACGGAGCAGAUACCAUUCGAUCCUCACAUAUCACGUUCAACAAUUGGACCGUAUACAAUGGAGAUGAUAGUAUUUCGCUCAAGGGCAACAGCACUGACAUCACAAUUACAAACUCCCACUUCUACAACGGACUGGGAAUUGCUCUGGGCAGCAUAGGCCAGUACAAGGAUCAGCUCGAGACUAUCGAACGAUUCACUGUGAAGAACAUUGACUACCAUAACAUACUUCAUGCGGUGUACUUCAAAACAUGGACAAAUGACCAAAACGGAUACCCACCUAACGGGGGCGGUGGCGGACUCGGAUACGCUUCGGACAUGAUCUUUGAAGACCUCAAAGUUACAGGUCUACGUGGCGCUGCAAUUGCAAUCUCUCAAUGCACCCGUUUUAGCGGCGCACCAGGCCAAGGAAACUGUACAAAUUCAAAGUUCCAAAUUCGAGAUAUCAAAAUGGUCGAUUUAAAUGGUACGACUGAGUCCCCUAACGUGGCCUCCUUCCAGUGCAGUGCUGUUGCACCCUGUACCGACAUUGGGCUUUUCGAUAUUCAUCUAAAGCUGUCGAAUGGAACUGAGGCCUCGCAGUACCUGUGUGGAAAUGUGGAGAACGCAAGAGGCUUUGAAUGCACAGGGGCGGCGUGCGUAGGGUCCAGCGCGACAGGAGAAUGCUAA